UGGACACGACUCGGCUGCCACGUACCGACUCCCAGAAGGCAGUGCGUAGAAAGAGGUGUUUACUUCCGGUGAUGGCCAACGACACAUGUCGAGGUCAAACGUCAGAAUCGUUUGCAUCAAAUUCUGAUUUCACCUCAAAUAUUUCCGCUGCACUUGGAGAAUUCUUGAAACACGGUAAAAUCAUUCUUGAAGAUGGCAUUGCAGAAUUUAACAGGAAAGACAGUCUUGAAAAUUUCAUUUCUUCAAAAGUGGGGAAAAUGUUUCAGCUCGCCAAAACAUACAAUACACUGUUUAGAAGCAUUGGCUCUCAAAAUCGAAAGGAACUGGAUUUACAGCUAGGAAAGCAUUUCAGAAAUUCUUCUGUAAAAGAGCUGGCAAAUAAUCUCAUUGAAUUUGAGAUAGAAUGGGAUCAGUUUCUUCACACUGUAGAUACUGCUCUCCAUGGUGAGUCCCAUGGGAAAACUAAAACACUUGAGGUUGGAGAUUAUUUAUCCCAGCAACUAACAGUUGUUGAUGUACUAGAGGGAAAUUCAGUAACUCUGGACAAAUUACUCCCAGUUUUCACUUCUCCUUAUUUACUACUUGUUCUCCAGCGCCAUUUUGCAUGACUACCCUGACGUAAACAUGUAAUGGAGCUAGAAACUUGGAAGUCAGAUUUGAAAGCUUUAGGCUGCGAUGUUCUACUUCUUUUCUUUGGAUCACAGAAGUCUAUAAAGCAGUGGUUGGCAGAAACAAAAUCUUCUUUUCCUUCUUUUCAAGAUUCUUCAAAAAAUAUUUACUCUGCUCUUGGAUUACGUAGAUCUGUCAAGGAAGUGUUUUGUAUGAAGACCACACAAUAUUAUGCUGCUGAAAUGGCUUCUGAUGGGAUUAUCCCAACUCCAUAUAAAGAUUUCAAUGAAGAUAUUUACCAAAUGGGUGGUGAUUUCAUCAUUGACCAAACUGGUAAAAUCUUGUUUACCUAUCGCAGUCAGACUCCAAGUGAUCGACCUUCUGCUGAGCAAAUUUUAGGAACCUUAAAGGAGUUGGUAAUGAAUGUGGCAUACAAGCAACCUUCAGACUCCAUCAGUUUUAUGGUGAGUGAAAUUGAAAAAUUUCGAAAUCAGUCCUGAGACAAUAACAAUGUGGAGAAAACCAACCAACCACUGGAUCUCAUCUACUGUCAGAUGAGGUAGACAUCAGGCUGAGAUGUGGUAUUCACCAGGGUUGGGUGUGAUAGACACUGAAGUGAGAUGUAGUUAGAAACCAGAGAAAAUGAAAGCGGGAGUGUGUGUAUGUGUAAUAGACACUAGGAUGAGAUGUGGUAUUCACCAGGGUUGGGUUUAAUAUACUUGAAUUUCUUACUGUGUGUUAUAUUUCAAUAAAUUGUAUUCAAGUGUUUCUUGUGUUAUACUUUCCUGCAAUGUCCUUUACUGUUGAAAAGUGUAAUGGCAAUAUUAGAUGUUAUUUUAUGACUGAUUGUAGGUGUUCAAAUGUUUGGUAUAUUUUUGUACUCUUAUUGAACUGUACUCUACCAGUGUUUAUAUUUCCUCAACUAACUUUAUCCAUAUUGUUCCAUGUAUCAUAUGGAUGAAUAAAACUAUGUUCUCGUACAUUUAAAA